GGUGGCAGCUAUGAACUACCACAACUAAUCUGACCGAUCUAUCCAUCCACCCGUAGUUGUCAACUUUUUUCUUUUUCAACUCUUGGCUUUGAAAUCUAAGGAAGGAACGCAGUGACAUGUAUAUAUAUUAUAUAUAUAACCUUGUUUCACAAACCAAACCAUUGAAUCCUCCAUCUUCAGCAGCAAAAAAAAUGAACCACGUUGAGCACAUCGCUUACGAUGUGGUGAUGAUCACUCUAUCCAUAUCUCUCAUCGUUCUUGGAAUCAUCCUCUUCCUGGCUUGCAAGAAGAAGCCCGUUGAAUCAGAAGAAACACUCCCCGUGAAGCUUUGUGCUGGUGCAUACCCCUUGACGGAAAUCGACGCCGCCACCGACGGCUUCAACCAAAGAAGAAUCAUUGGGCAGGGUCGCUUAGGAACAGUGUACGCAGGAAGACUAGAGAAAGAAGAACAAGUGGUAGCCGUGAAAAGGAUUCACCCUUUUCUUGUGUUGAGCAAUAUUAAUGCAGGGUUUAGUUUCUCAUCCGUGUUGAAGUGGCUCUCCCUGGCUCAACACCCCAACGUGGUUCCGAUCAUAGGGUUCUCGGAAGCACCGGGUGAGAGGGUUAUUGUGAUGGAGUUGGUGCACAUGGCGAGCUUGGAGUUCUACCUGCAUCAGAACCCUGAUGGGGCUUCGCUUUUGGAUUGGAACAAGAGGUUGAGGAUCGCGGCUGGAGCAGCUAGAGGGCUUCAAUAUUUGCAUGAGGUUGUGGCGCCAAACAUUGUGCAUGGGUGUGUCAAGUCCUCUAAUAUUCUGAUUGAUGUAAACUUUUGUGCCAGGAUUUGUGACUAUGGUCUUAACUUUUUGGCACCUGCGGAGAAGAGAGGGGUGGUGGGGUAUGUGGAUGAUGAGUAUUGGAGUGAGAGAAGAAGGGGUGGUGGAGCUUCCAAGGAGAGUGAUGUUUAUGGGUUAGGAGUGGUGCUGUUGGAGCUUUUGAGUGGGAAAGGGUGUGAGGGAGGGGCCUUGGUCAACUGGGCAUUGCCUUUGAUCAGGGAAACCUCUUUUACUCAACUUUUGGAUCCUAGGUUGCUCAUUCCUUCUCAUAUUAAUCCUCUUGUUAGAUUAGCCAAAGUUGCUUCUGCCUGUGUUGCCAAUCCCAGGAAAUGUAGGCCUUCUGUGCCACAAGUUGCAGCCAUUUUGAACAACUUAGAAAAACAAGUCUGCCUCUGAUUCAUUUCAAUCAUCAUCAUGUACAGUCACACAAUCGUUUUUCGUGGCUCGCUGAAUUUCCUAUUAAUAUAUGGGGAUGAAAUCAUGAAAGUUACCUUUUCUAUUA